AUGACCCAGACAGUCAGCCUCAACACAGAGGUGGUCAAGUUUGAGAUCUGGGAUACGGCCGGACAGGAGCGCUACAAGGCUCUUGUUCCAAUGUACUAUCGAGGUGCUGCAGCUGCUGUCAUCGUGUUUGACAUCACAUCCAAGGAGUCCUUCGAUGCAGCCAAAGCCUGGGUUACCGAGCUGCAGAACUCGGACACCUUGAUCGCGUUAGCGGGGAACAAGUCUGAUUUGGAGGCAAAUCGCGCCGUUGACAAGGAGGCAGCCAGGACGUAUGCCGACCAGCAUGGCCUCAUUUUCAUGGAGACGUCUGCUAAAUCUGGGCAGAACGUGAACGAGCUGUUUAACGAGUGCCUCGGCAAAAACUGCAGCUGCCGAGCAUUUGCUGCAGACUAUAAGACAUAUGUGGUGUAG